AUUAGGGUUUUCGUGUUAGCAUGGCUGUGGUUCUCGCGCCGGAUCUCUCCGUGUCGAAGCUCUGCCUAGGAACCAUGACAUUUGGUGAGCAGAACAGCUAUAGUGAAUCCGCCAAGCUCUUGAGCAUCGCUACGCAAGCUGGAAUCAACUUCUUCGACACGGCAGAGAUGUACCCGGUGCCUCAAAGAGCUCAAACUCAUGGAAAGAGUGAGGUCUACCUCGGUCGAUGGAUCAGAGAGAGUAACAUUGCCAGGGACAAGAUUGUGAUAGCGACCAAGGUAGCUGGGCCUUCGGGACAAAUGACUUGGAUUCGUGGAGGACCACACUCUUUGGACAAGAAUAAUAUCAAGGCGGCUAUUGACACAAGCUUGCAGCGACUUUGCUUGGAUCAUAUUGAUCUCUAUCAGAUACAUUGGCCUGAUCGCUAUACACCGAUGUUUGGAGAAGUUGAUUACGAUCCUUCACGCCGUAUCAAAGCAGUUCCUGUGGACGAGCAGCUGCAAGCUUUGUCUGACGCUGUAGACGCUGGCAAGAUAAGAUACAUUGGAGUUAGCAAUGAAACUCCUUACGGUCUCAUGGAAUUCUGCCGGGCUUCUCGCGAGAACAGGCUGCCUCGAGUUUUCUCGAUCCAAAAUGCAUAUAGCCUCCUGUGUCGAACCUUUGAUUAUGGUCUCGCCGAAUGCUGCCAUCACGAAAGCAUAAACCUCCUGGCUUACAGUCCUUUGGCAAUGGGUUUGCUAACUGCGAAAUAUCUUGACGAUGGUGGAGGUCCGGCUGAUGCUCGUUUAAAUCUUUAUAAAGGACGCUACACCGAGGCAGAAUGCCGGUAUGAUCUUGGAAAACCCAAUCUGUUACCGGCUGUCAAGGCAUACGUAGAGAUUUCUAAGAACUAUGGCAUCACCCCCGUGGAGCUUGCUAUAGGUUUUGUACUAAGGCAUCCACUGGUUGCAAGUGCUGUGAUUGGAGCUACGAAGGACUAUCAGCUAAUGGACAUAGUAAAAGCAGCUGCUAUCACACUAACAGAUGAAAUGGUGGAGGAGAUAGAUUCUGUUCACAGAAAAUUCCCGAAUCCAGCUCCGUAGAGAAACGAGAACUACGUCGACGUCUCCUUUGGCUGGCAGGAUUUUCGUUGUGACGCUUGCUUGGACGCUAUGGCUGGUUCUCCC